GUUACCGAUCAAGUAAGAGCCAAGUCUCUUCUUCUCAGCCUAAACUUCUUCCCUAUUAAACCAAAAAAAAAAAAAAGAACUGAGAAAAAAAAAAAGUUCAAAGCAAAACCACAGAUUCGAUUGAUAUUUUUCUUCAAGUCGAAAUUCGCAUUUAAUACAAUGGAAAAGACAGGUUUUUUUGAAGGUUUUUUAUUCUUCAGGUUAAGCUCUUAUUAGAUGAUGUGUGAAGCGAUUCUUCUUCUUCCUUCCUCUGUUCUUCUCUGCUUCAGAUGGAAGAUAACAAUCCUCCCAAGGAUUACUAUAAGAUCCUAGAAGUUGAUUAUGAUGCAACUGAGGAGAUGAUCAAGCUGAACUAUCGGAAGCUUGCAUUGAAGUGGCAUCCUGAUAAGCACAAUGGUGAUACUGUGGCUACUUCGAGAUUUCAAGAGAUUAAUGAAGCUUAUAAUGUGCUUAUGGACCCUGCUUUACGUUUUGAGUAUGAUUUGACUGGUAUUUACGAGAUUCACAAAUAUACUUUACGGGAAUAUCUGGCUAGAUUUAAGGGAAUGAUACUUACUUGCAAUGGACUCGGCAUCAGUCACUCCUCAUCACCAUGGACACAACAAUUGGCGGAAGGCAAAAACAACACUACAGAUGAGCAAGCAGGAUACUGUAUGAACUGAAGUAGAAACAGAGCUCUUGCAACCUUUGAUCCAAAACUCAAAAGGCAUAUUAUCAUCUUCUGCCUCACCAGAUGGAUAUAGCAGUGUACACCUUAUGUCAGCCCCAUUCGACGAUAUAACAGCUUUUGCAGGAUGUUUGUAUGUUUAUAAAUUUGAUGGUAUACAGUAAGAAGAAACAUUGUCUGGCUAAUGUAUUAAUAAGCUUCACACAAAUUGUGGGUUGCCUGUACUGUAUUAUUAUCAUUCAUGGGU